GCUAUUCGACGCUCCAGCCCACGUGACCGGAAGUAAAUACGGUUCAGCAGCAGCAGUUCCCGCGUUUGGCGACUCUUUCAAUCACAAGCUUAAACUUGGAGUAGCAGCAGUCAGUCGUUCCGGAUAUGGAUGACCUGUAUUUAGACAAUAUCGACGAAUUUGUCAAUGAUCAAAAUAAGAUCGUCACCUACAAAUGGCUCAGUUUAACACUUGGAGUCCACGUCAACACAGCAAAACAAAUGUUGUAUCAUUACCUGCAGCAGAAACGCAAUGAAAGUUCAGGGACUCCCCUUCAUGCCACCUACCUUGUAUCUGGGAAGUGUGUUGAGAAUGGUAGUACGUGCCACAAAGUGUCAGUAGUACGUGAGGACAAGCUUGAUGCUGUUAAAGCAAAGAUGGACGUGACAAUCAGUGUGCAUGUGUACAGUGUGCAGAGAGCCGAGCUGAAGGACAGUUCACCACUUUACAACACAGAUUAUGAUGCUGUUAAGGAAAACCUAAAAAACUGCAACAAGUACAGCGCUAUACGUUGUGCUGCGGCGGUCCCUAUGUCAUCUGCAGAGCUGCAGAGAGCUCAAGAGAUGUCUUCGGUCCCUCCAGUGGAGAAGGAAAUCAGUAAACCUGGCUUCAAUGAUAAAACUUCAGCUACCUCCAAACCCAGUGCUAAGCAGCCAGCAGGCAUCAUGGGAAUGUUUGCAAGCAAAAAUGCUUCUAAGAGCCAAGAAUCCAGCAAGGAAGUGAAAACAGAGCAGAAAGAAGAUUCUUCUCUGGUUGAAACAUCAAAAAGCAAAACAACCUCCAAAGUGAACCCGAUGAGUAAUUUCUUUGGGAAGUCUGCCCAAAAAAAGGCUGAUGAAAAACCUAACAAAAGCAUUAAAGAAGAGAUGGACGGCAGCUCAACAGCAUCGGCUACUGCAAGUAUGAAACCGUCACAGACGUCUCCCAAAUCUGAGAUUAACAUUAAAGAGGAACAAUCCAAAGUGUCCAAUGCUUUGAAGGUUGAAUCAAAAGACACUCGGAAUAAAACAAAGCGCCCUGAGGUUGUGGACAGCGAUGAUGAGAAAAUGGAAAGCCAGCAGAAGAAGAGACGGCGGAUAAAGAAGCCCCGGCCAGACAGCAGUGAUGAUGAGGUUGUGCCAGAUUCUCCACCUGUGCCCAAUGUACACACUCCCAGCCCUAAAAAACAAGUGAAGAGGGAGCAAGUUUCACACCAAGAAGAGAGUUCGGAGGUGAAGAGGAGGAAAAGAAGGCGUGUUUUGAAAUCUAACACAUUUGUGGAUGAAGACGGUUCCUUUGUGACCGAGAAGGGUUAUGUGAGCGAGUCUUACUCUGAGAGUGAAGAGGAGCCUGAACCCAACAGUCAAGCCAAAGACUCGAGCUCACUCAAGCAGUCAUUUGAAAAAAGAAAGGAAGAGAAAAAAGAAAAGAGUCAGAAGAAGACCUCUACUGCUAACAAACCUACAAAACAGCCGUCCAUCAUGGGAUUUUUCCAGAAGAAAUAACUUUUUCUAUUAUUCUUUCAUGGGAUUUUAAAGGAAUAGCUCACCUGGAAAUGAAAACUGUCAUUAAUUGCUCAUCUUCAUGUUGCUGUAUGUCAUAAAGAAUCAUUGCAUGGGUCUUUUUCUGUUCAUAAAAUCUGUCCACCAAGUAGAGAAAAAAAUCCAGAGAAAUAACAUGAGGAUGAAGAAAUAAUGGCUUCAUUUUUGGGGAGUAAAAUAUCCCUUUAAGCACUUAUUUUCAGCAGUGACAUUCCCAUGAACCACAACUGAUGCUGUAAGGAGGAAAUCAAUCUUCAUUGUCACUCUUCAGAGACAUUGAUUUCUGCUUCAACGUGAACAACACUUUUGUGCUGACUAGCCAUUCAACUGUAUGCUGGAUUUCAGUUCUGGGCCGGAUAGGAUUGCCUGUGUAUUAGUUUGCAGAUGUAUGAUCCUGCUGAUCGAGCAGAAUUCUUUACUAGAAGCCAACUAGCACAUAUAGCCAACCACCAAUAGUUCCCAUACUGCAAGGUUUGUGGAGUCUGUUUUUAGUAUGUUUCUGGAUAUUAAAUCAAAAGAAAAAAUA